GGGAGCAUCCAGGCAUGCUGGGAACUCAUCUGGCCGGUCUCAGCUCCUGGAAGACUUGCUGCUGUGCUUCUAGGAUCUGUACUAGAGACUAAUUUUGAAGUGAAGGAGAUGUCUACAAAGCUGAGACAUUUUGUGGAAGGAUCUGGCUCCCAAAGAUUCAUGAAUGGGGUUCCCCAUGACUUCAUUUUGAGAGAAAUCUGUGACUCUGACAUCCAGGGCUCAUUAACAUUUAAGGAUGUGACUGUGGACUUCACCGAGGAAGAGUGGUGCCAUUUGGACCAUUCUCAGAAGGAAUUGUACCUGGAGGUCAUGCUGGAGAAUGUGCAGAAUCUACUCUCUGUGGGCCUUCCAGUUCCUAGAGAAUAUUGUGCCUCCUAUUUUCAGCAAAGGAAAGCACCAUGGCUGCUAGAGCAAAAAGGCCCCAGGAGCUCCUCUCCAGAGUCAGAGACUAAUUCUGAAGUGAAGAAGAUUUCUACAAAACUGAUGAUUUUUGUGGAAGGAUUUGACCCCGAAAGAUGGAUGAAUGAGAGUUCCCAUGACUCCGUUUUGAGAGAAAUCUGUGACUCUGAUAUGAAGAUAAACAAAAAUCUAAAGAGUGAAUGUGAAUUUGAUGACCGUUCAGAGAAAUUCAGUCACUGUUCAGUCCUCAAUCAGUAUAUGAAAGUGACCUCAGGAAAUGACUCUUGUCAGGAGAGUCAAUACAGCAAAUGCUUUCCUGAAGAAGUAGGAACUUUCCAGUGGAAUGAGAAAUGUUCUGAAAAGCCCAUGUAUCAAGCUAACCUAGGAGGAAUGGCCUUUAACUACAGUUUAGACUUCAUUAGACUUCAAAAAAGUAAAUGGAUAGAGAUGGUUUCUGUGAAGGAAGAAGUUGAGAAACCUUUCAAUCAAAACUGUAAUCUUGCUGCACAUCAAAUAAUCAAUUCAGGAGAGAAACCUUAUGAAUGUAAACAAUGUGGAAAGGCUUUCAAACAAAGGGUCUCUCUUGUAGUACAUCAUAGAAUCCACUCUGGAGAGAAACCUUAUGAAUGUAAACACUGUGGAAAGGCUUUCACAGAGAGGGGAUCUCUCACUAGACAUCAGAAAAUCCACACUGGAGAGAAACCUUAUGAAUGUAAACUGUGUGGAAAGGCUUUCAUGCAGAGUUCCAAUCUUGUUGCACAUCAGAGAAUCCACACUGGAGAGAAACCUUAUGAAUGUAAACAGUGUGGAAAGGCUUUCAUAGAGAGAAGAUCUCUGGCUAAACAUCAGAGAAUCCACACUGAAGAAAAACCUUAUGAAUGUAAACAGUGUGGAAAGGCUUUUACACAUAGCAGCUCUCUUGUUACACAUCAGCUAAUUCACAGUGGAGAGAGACCUUAUGAAUGUAAACACUGUGGAAAGGCUUUUGCAGAGAGAAGAACUCUGGCUAAGCAUCAGAGAAUCCACACUGGAGAGAAACCUUUUGUAUGUAAGCAGUGUGGAAAGGCUUUCCUAGAGAAAGGAAUUCUCAUUAAACAUCAGUUAAUCCACACUGGAGAGAAACCUUUUGUAUGUAAACAGUGUGGAAAGGCAUUCACAUAUAGAGGAUCUCUCGCUAAACAUCAGAAAAUCCAUACUGGAGAGAAACCUUAUGAAUGUAAACACUGUGGAAAGGCUUUCACACAGGGGGGAUCUCUCACUAGACAUCAGAAAAUCCACACUGGAGAGAAACCUUAUGAAUGUAAACUGUGCGGAAAGGCUUUCAUGCAGAGUUCCAAUCUUACUGCACAUCAGAAAAUCCACAGUGGAGAGAAACCUUAUGAAUGUAAACAGUGUGGAAAGGCUUUCAUAGAGAGAAGAUCUCUGGCUAAACAUCAGAGAAUCCACACUGGAGAAAAACCUUAUGAAUGUAAACAGUGUGGAAAGGCUUUUACACGUAGCAGCUCUCUUGCUACACAUCAGCUAAUUCACAGUGGAGAGAGACCUUAUGAAUGUAAACACUGUGAAAAGGCUUUCACAGAGAGAAGAUCUCUGGCUAAACAUCAGAGAAUCCACACUGGAGAGAAACCUUUUGUAUGUAAACAGUGUGGAAAGGCUUUCCUAGAGAAAGGAAUUCUCAUUAAACAUCAGCUAAUCCACACUGGAGAGAAACCUUUUGUAUGUAAACAGUGUGGAAAGGCAUUCACAUAUAGAGGAUCUCUCGCUAAACAUCAGAAAAUCCAUACUGGAGAGAAACCUUAUCAAUGUAAACAGUGUGGAAAGGCUUUCCUAGAAAGAGGAAUUCUCACUAAACAUCAACUAAUCCACACUGGAGAGAAACCUUUUGUAUGUAAACAGUGUGGAAAGGCAUUCACAUUUAGAGGAUCUCUCGCUAAACAUCAGAAAAUCCACACUAUAGAGAAACCUUAUGAAUGUAAACAAUGUCAAAAGGCUUUCAGAGAGAGAGGAUCUCUCACUAAACAUCAGAGAAUCCACACUGGAGAGAAUCCUCAUGAAUUUAAACAGUGUGGAAUGACAUUCCCACAUGGCAGAUCUCUUGCUACACAUCAACUAAUGCACAUUGGAAAGAAAACUUAUGAAUGUAAACAAUGUGGAAAGACUUUUGCAAGAAGGGGCUCUCUUGUAGUACAUCAUAGAAUCCACUCUGGAGAGAAACCUUAUGAAUGUAAACACUGUGGAAAGGCUUUCACACAGAGAAGUCAUCUUGCUGCACAUCAAACCAUCCACACUGGAGAGAAACCUUAUGAAUGUAAACAGUGUGGAAAGGCUUUUCCACGUAGCAGCUCUCUUGCUACACAUCAGCUAAUCCACACUGGAGAGAAACCUUAUGAAUGUAGACACUGUGGAAAGGCUUUCACACAGAGGAGUCAUCUUGCUACACAUCAGCUAAUCCACACUUGAGAGAACACUUAUGAAUAUAAAGAAUGUGGAAAGACUUUUAAAGAAAAGGGCUCUCUUGUACAUCAUAGAAUUCAUUCUGGAGUAAAUCCUUAGGAAUGUUAACAUUUGAAAGGCUUUCACACAGAGAAGUGUGGAAGUGAGAAAUUGGGAAUAGUUUGUGGAAGAGAUGGAAUAGCUGGGACUGCUGACCUGCCAUUCGAGCAAGAACAUUCUGUUUGGAAUGUGACCAGAAGAAAUGUUUGGAAGGAGGAUCUGACCUACUGAACUCUGGAGUCUCAUGGCGUUGGAGACAGAAAGGAGAGGAGUCUCUUUGCUUUGGAGACAGAAGGAAAGAAGGAAAAAUUCCAUCUCUCUGAUUUCUCUGCUGUGAUAAUAGUGACUGUGAACUUCCAGACCGAUCAGCCCAUUUUCCAAACUGAACUAUAUUCCACCAUCUUCCAAGCUAAGACUUAUUCUAGUAUUAGGGAAAACCCAAACCCUCAAACAAAAAAAAUAUAUUACUAUGUAUAUAUGUUCAUAUAUAUGUAUAUAUAUAUAUAUAUAUAUAUAUAUAUAUAUACACAUAUAUAUUUAAUAGCUGAUUCUGUAUUUUGUGUAUGAUGGGGGUAAGUUACUAAUGGAAUAAUAGCUAGUGUAUUAAUUUCUAAUCCUAUUCAGGCAGUUAACCAGUGGUUACUAACGAGAGUUACUGAAGUGCCUCUUAAUAAGCUGAGCGAAACAAUGGUUAAUACAUAUGGAGACAUUAGUAUGGGAAGGAUGUAUACCAACAUUUUUGGGGUAUGGGCCCGAUGGCUUAUUUAGCUGACCUUACUAGAAUGUGGUGUAAAGGAAACACAUAGAAUUUGAGUUCUUAGAUGUUGGUUUGAUUCCUAUUGUUCUAGAAAUAAGGGGAUUUAAACCCCUAUAAUUUAUCCUAUCAAGAUAAUUCUUUUGUUAGACAUAUUUCUCAUAUUUGUGGGGGGAUACUUGAUAAUGCAAUUGGAAUAGAAAUAAAUAAUAAACAUAAUGCUAGAGUAAUUGGUAGAAAUUUUUUUCAUAAUAAAUAUAUUAGUUGAUCAUAUCGAAAUCGGGGGUAUGAUCAGGGCUCCUGAUCAUAAAAAGGCUGGUGUUAAUAAUAUUGUUUUUAUUAUAAAAUUAAUAGUGCUAAUAUGUGGAAAAUUGUGGCUUAACAGUGGGCCAAAAAAAAGGAUGGUUGUUAUAGCAUUUAUUGCAAUAAUAUUUGUAUACUCUGCUAAAAAAAAUAUGGCAAAUGGCCCUGCAGCAUAUUCAACAUUAAAACCUGAUACUGUGAUAUGGAAAUCACUUUAAAAGACUGAUAUAUAUUAAUUUAAGGUCGCCAAGGAAUUCAGCUCUGUAAUUCCUAAAUGAAAACUCAAGUCAGCAGUCAACCUUUUAUGGAGUUUUUAAUUACAAACAGGAGGAAGAAAGGUAUUAGAGAGAGAAAGGGGAGAGAAGGGAAUAGGGCUUAAAUACCCCCUCUGCUUAGGCUGGGCCAAAGGCCCAAGCCCUUAGAUAGCUGAGGCAAAGAAAAGAGAUCAGUCCCUAUCAUUCACGUGACCAAAAUGGAGAAACAGUCUCAAGGCCUCCACCUCCAGCCUCCUUCAGAGAAAGCCAUCAUCCAAGAGAAUCUUCAGAGAGCAAACCUCCCUGAGUCCUCAGACCCUGCUAUCUUUAAAGAAAAAUCUAAGUUCCCUCCCCUCAGUUCUCACAUCUACCAAUCACUGUCUAUAUCUCCCUUGUGCCAAUGGUGGCUCUAGCUUAACCCAGGACCGCCCAGAGGUCUGGCCCCUUUGCACAUGUCUAUUGAAGGUCAUAUUCUCAAAUAAUUAAAUCUUGAGCUUUGCUGCAGCCCUUCCUAAAUCCUGUUACCCUGAGUAGUGUGGAGAUUGAAGUUUCUAGACCUAAUUCUGUCAUUCCAAGUAUCUCUAUUGUAUCAAUUCUAAAAUCAAUCAUGACUCAAAGAACUUCCUGUUCUAUCCAUAGGUCAGAGCCCUUUCCAUUGUUUAGCAAAAGGUUUCUGUCCUAAAGUAGUCUUAAGUAGGGAGGAGAAGGAUCCUCCUAUACCAAGGAGUUUCACAUUCCAACAGAGUUCUUACUAUCAGUAAGUAAUUUUCAAAUAUGAAAUUUCCCAUGGGGGGAAAUUUCCAAAAUUCAUAAGUCUAAGAAAUUUUAAGGUUUACAAUACUAAUUCUGAUUCUCCUUCUGUUAAAAGGAGUUCAGUUUGUUUCAGCUAGUGUGGAAGUAUAGUCGGCGUUCAUGCAGUUAUAAUUAAUCACAUAUUUUCUUGGGUAAUUAUUAAAUUUUUUUAGGCAAAAGAGCCGUUAAUUAAUAUAAUUGAAAGUAAAAUAAUAGCUAAUGUGACUUCAUGUGAAAUUGUUUGGGCUACAGCUUGUAAGGCUCCAAUAAGAGCAUAUUUAGAAUUUGAUGCUCAUCGUCACCAUAAAAUUGAAUAAAUGGAUAAUACUGAUAGGGCUAAAAUAAAUAAAAGUCCUAGGUUUAAACCAAUUAGGGUGUGGGGUAUGGGUAGGGGUUUUCAGAUGGUUAGGGCUAGGGGUAGAAUUGGUGCAAUAAUAAAUAUUGAAAUUGAUGAUGUUAGAUGUCUUAAUGGUUCUUUUGUAUUUACUUUAACGGUGUCUGCAAAUGGUUGUAGAAUACCGUAGGGCCCAAUGACGUUUGGGUCUUUUCAAAAUUGUAUAUAGCCUAGAACUUUUUGUUCAAUUGAUGUUAAAAAAGCUACUGCUAAUAAAAUAGGAAUAAUGUAAACUAAUAAGUUAAUUAAGAACACGUAUUAAGGAGAGUGUUUGAACCUCUGAUAAUAAAGGCUUAAGUUUUAUGCAAUUACCUGCUCUGCCACCUUAAUAACUCUUCUAGAGUAAUAAAAAUUUAUAUUACCUAAUUAAGAUUUGUUUCAUUAGUUAAUUGUAAGACUUGUUUAUAAUGUUGGCCUUAAUUCUCUUGUCCUUUCGUACUGGGAGAAAUAAUUAUAUAGAUAGAAACCGACCUGGAUUUCUCUGGUCUGAACUCAGAUUACAUAGGACUUUAAUCAUUGAACAAAUGAACCUUUAAUAGCGGCUGCACCAUUUGGGUGUCCUGAUCCAACAUCAAGGUCGUAAACCCUAAUUGUCGAUAUGGGCUCUUAAAUAGGAUUGCGCUGUUAUCCCUGGGUAACUUGUUCCGUUGAUCAGAAUUUGGGGCAAUUACUGACUUAUGGCACUUGGAUUGCUUAAUCUUAGUUAUGUCAUUCGGAGGUUUUCUUGUGCUCCGAGGUCACCACAACCAAAAAUUCAACUUAAAGUUUCUAUAAGUUUGAUCCCUUAGGAGAAUAAAGUAUAUUUACUUAAGUUGUAAUUUUAAGCUCCACAGGGUCUUCUUGUCUUAUAUAAUUAUACCCGCCUCUGCACGGGUAGGUCAAUUUCAUUGAUUGAGAAAAAAAGACAGUCGAACCCUCGUUUUGCCAUUCAUACAAGUCUCUAUUUAGGAGACAAGUGAUUAUGCUGCCUUUGCACGGUCAGGAUACCGCGGCCUUUGAAGUCAACUCACUGGGCAGGCAGUGCCUCUAAUACUUAAAAUGCUAGAGGUGAUGUUUUUGGUAAACAGGCGGGGUUUUGGAUUGCUGAGUUCCUUUUAUUCUUUUUAAUCUGUCCUUGUAAUGAUGCAUGCCUGUGUUGGAUUAACAAUAAUUGAGGUAAUUUACUGGUUAAUAUUUAUAAUUACUGUUUUGUUAAGUGUUAGUGGAUUAUCCAUUGGCUAAUUUAGGCUUAUGCGAGGAGAAUAAAUUCUUAUUACUGAUUUUAGCAUUAUGUAUUCUAUAAUUAAAUAGAAUCAUCCAAUACUAUAUUAGGGGUUUUGAUGAUUUUAUGGUAUUAAAUAAAAUUUUGUAUUUGAGCUUUAACGCUUUCUUAAUUGGUGGCUGCUUUUAGGCCUACAAUGGGAUUAAAUUAGUCAUUAACCUCUAAAGGAGUCUGUCUACUAGAUCAAAUGAGUUGUCCCUCAUUUGAUUAACUAUUAAGUUUAAGAUAUGCUUAAGUUAUUAAAAUGCUUUAUAUUAAACUUAAGGUUGAACUAAAAUUUAUAUUUUGGAUAACCAGCUAUCAUUAAGUUCGAUAGGUUUUUCACUUCUACUAUAAAAUCUCACUAUUUUGCUACAUAGAGGAGUUGGUUCAUAAUUAAUUGUUUUAUAGUAGCUCACUUAAUUUCAGGGGGUCAAGUGUAAGUUCUUUUUGUCCGUGUUAACUAGCUAAAUCAUACAAAAGGUACAAGGUUUAAUCUUUGCUUUUUUAUGCUAUUAAUUGAUCUUUCAUUUUUCCCUUGUAGUACUGUUGUUAUUGCUCCUGUAAUUUCUGUUCUAUCUCCUAUACUGUGACAAGGAAAUCACUUUAAAAGACUGAUAUAUAUUAAUUUAAGGUCGCCAAGGAAUUCAGCUAUGUAAUUCCUUAAUGAAAACUUAAGUCAGCAGUCAACCUUUUAUGGAGUUUAAUUACAAACAGGAGGAAGAAAAUUAUUAGAGAGAGAGAGAGAGAGAGAGAGAGAGAGAGAGAGAGAGAGAAAGAGAGAGAAAGGGGAGAGAAGGGAAUAGGGCUUAAAUACCCCCUCUGUUUAGGCUGGGCCAAAAGGCCCAAGCCCUUAGAUAGCUGAGGCAAAGAAAAGAGAUCAGUCCCUAUUACUCACGUGACCAAAAUGGAGAAACAGUCUCAGGGGCCUCCACCUCCAGCUUCCUUCAGAGCAAGCUUCUCAGAGAACAACCUCUCAGAGCCAACCUCUCCAACCAACCACCUCUAGUCCUCAGACCCCGCUAUCUUUAAGGAAACCAUCCAAGUUCCCUCCCCUCAGUUCUCACAUCUACCAAUCACUGUCCAUGUCUUCCCUGUGCCAAUGGUGGCUCUACCUUAACCCAGGACUGCCCAGAGGUCUGUGGCUUUGCACAUGUCUGUUGAAGGUCAUAUUCUCAAAUAAUUAAAUCUUGAUCUUUUGCUGCAGCCCUUCCUAAAUCCUGUUACCCUGAGUAGGGUAGAGAUUGGAAUAAUUAAAUUUUGAUCUAUGCUGCAGCCCUUUCCAUUGUUCAGCAAAAGGUUUCUGUCCUAAAGUAAUCUUAAGAAGGGAGGAGGAGGAACCUCCCAUGCCAAUGGGGUUCACAUUCCAAUAGAGUUCCCACUAUCGGUAGGAAAUUUUUCAAUUAUGAAAUUUCCAACAUUUAUAAGUCUAAGAAAUUUUAAGGUUUACAAUACUAAGAAAGUUAAAAUGAUUUAAAUAGGUUAAUAUAUAAUUUAUUUAAAGUUUGUUAGGGCUAUAAUUAGCUCAAAAUGGUCAGAAUUAACUGAAAUCUUUUAGGUGUAAGCUAAAUGCUUUGGAAAUUAAGCUACAUUUUGAUAUUCCAAAAUCACUUUCUAGUACACUUACCGUGUUAUGACUUUUCUCUUUGUUUAGAUGGAUUAUUAGGUAUAUUAAUAAAUUGAGUUGAGGAGGGUGACAGGCGGUGUGGUAUGUGCGCGCCCUAUUGCCUAAUUCAAUUAAGCACUCUAUUCUUAAUUUACUACUAAAUCCUCCUUCAAGUACUUUAAUUUCAUAAUGUAAUUCAUUAUUCUCUAAAUUAGAAAAUGUAGCCUAUUUCUUUCCCUUUCAUGUGCUACACCUUGACCUAAUGUUUUUAUGGAAAGUAGUUUUGCUUACUUUUUGUCUUUUUUAAGGUGGGCUGACAAUGGCGGUAUAUAGGCUGUAUUGGCAAGACAGGGUUGGGUAUAUCGGGGUUUAUCGAUUAUAGAACAGGCUCCUCUAGAUGGCUUUAGGGCACCGCCAAGUCCUUUGAGUUUUAAGCAAUAGCUAGUAGUUCUCUGGCGAAUAGUUUUGUUAUUUAACUAUUUUAGUUUAUGACUAAGCAUAGUGGGUUAUCUAAUCCAAGUUUGUAUCUUAGUUAUUGUGUGUCAGCUUUGUUAAAGUUAUUUUAAUAAUUUAUCUUAGUAUCAACUAGAACGUAUUACAGUUUAGUUAUUAACUUUAUUUUAAUAUUUUUGCUUAAACACGCUUUACGCCGAAGAUUUGUUAAUUUGGGUUAAUCGUAUGACCGCGGUGGCUGGCACAAAAUUUACCAACCUUUGAAAAUAAUUAUAAUUUAGUCAAACUUUCAUUUAUAGCUGAAUUUUAAUCACUGCUGUUUCCCGUGGGGGUGUGGUUAAGCAAGGUGUAAUUGGCUACUAUUAGUGUGCCUGAUACCAACUCCUCUUAUCUUUUGAUUAAAUAGUUUUGUGGGCAUUCUCACAGGAUAGCAGAAACUUGCAUGUGUAGGUCUAAUUAAAAUUAACAAUAAGGCUAGGACCAAACCUUUUGUUUAUGGGUUUAUAUUGUAAACCAUCUAAGCAUUUUCAGUGCUUUGCUUUAAAUAAGCUACAUUAACUUUAGAACAAGGGUAUUUUGAUAAAUAUUUAUAGAAUAGAAUGAAUUUGUAUACUAUGUCAGUAUUGAUGUAAACAUUUUUUUAAAAUUUAUAUAAAAUUAAAAAAAAUUUUAAAUAUUAAUUCAAAAAAUUAAAUAGAUCAUAUAAUUUUUUGAUAGUUAAUACUCUAUAUUCUAUUUAUACUCUAUUUAUACUCUUCCCUAUUUAAGUGCUUGAAGUUAUGUCUCUGGUUUUGGGGUUUGACGGAAAUAAGAUAUAACAUUUUUGUUAAGGGGGGUAAGGGGAUUUAGUGAAUAUAUACUUAAAAUUAUACUUAAAAUUAUAUUAAUUAAAUUAUUACAAAUAUUAUAAAUUAUUUUAAAUUAUUAUAAAUUCACGUGUUUGUGUCACCCAGGUGGAAAUAAUAUAAGCAUGUCUUCAAAUCAUUGAUUUAUAUGCCAAUUCGAAAUUGAUUAAACAAUAUACCUUUAAUACUAUGUAUACACAUAUGUGUGUAAUUUUAAUAAUAUAAUAAUAUGUCUAAUAAUCAUUCAUAUAAUUUACUCAUUUAAUUGCGUGAGCUCUAAGAACAGCAUUAAAUGUUAGGUCCUAGAUUCUAUCGGUAUCUAAGGUGCCUGUCCAUUGGAUAUGGCUCCCCCCCAAAAAAUCUACCCCCAUGCCAGUCAGAAUCAGUUAUGCCACAUUAUGGGCUGAUUAGUAAUCGUAACAUCGUGAUGCCUUAUUCAAUGGCAGUUUGGAUGCAAUGAACAAUUUUAUGACCCUGAAGUAACAACUAGUAGCCAGUUUGAAGGAACUUAGGUACGUCACAAUACAUGCAUCUCCUCUAAAGGAUUUAAAGCCUUUAGAUGGCGGGAUGGUGAUCUCUCGUGAGGGGAGGAUUGAGGUAUUCCUGAUGGUGAUGAUCUGCUAGAAAGAUUAAGUUAGUUAAUCCAGUGACCAUGGAUAUAAUGUAUAUGCCCAUCUAUAUAAUAUGUCUUAUGUAAAAUUAUGAUAUGCAUUUAGGUUAAGGAUAUUCAUGUAUUAAAUAAUUUAUAGUACUAUAAAUAAAUUUAUGUCUUUAAUAUAAUUAUGAAUUUAAUGUAUUUAGUAAUAUAAUAGUAUAAUGUGUAUAUAUAUGCUAGGGGUAAAUAAAUCCAUGUACUAUAUACAUAGACAAAAAUUUUUUAAAAUAUAAAAUAAUUCAAUACUGACAUAGUAUAUAAAUUGUGAUUAUCAGGAAGUAGUUUAAAUAGAAUGUCAGCUUUGGGCACUGAUGGUGGGGUUUUAGGCCUUCUUCUUGAAAUGUCUAAGGAAGGUAUUUUCCUUCGUUGCUGGCUUACAAAACCAGUAUUUUUAUUAAAUUACUUGGAAAUAUCUGGAAAUUUUGGUUUGAGUAUAUAAUCUUUGAAGAUUUCUGCUAAUGGUAUAAAAAUAAUAAUUAAUGAAAAAUAUAGAAUUAAGGCUAGUUGGCCAAUAAUAAUGAAGGGUUGUUCUACUGGUUGACCUCCAAUUCAUGUUAAGGUUAAAAGGUUGGCUGUCAGUAAUCAGAAUAAGAUUUGUGAGAUUGGUCGAAAUAUAAGACUUCGUUGUUUUGAUGUAUGGAGAAGUGGAAUAAUUAAUAGGACUAGAAUUGAAGCUAAUAGGCCUAAUAUUCCUCCUAAAUUUUGUGGGAUUGACCAUAGGAUUGCGUAGGCAAAUAGAAAAUAUCAUUCUGGUUUAAUAUGUGGAGGGCUGUAGUCGAGGAAUACCUCCUCUUUUCUUUAUUUGUAUUUGCCUAAGAUAAAGUUGUGGACUUACUUAUCUUUGCUUCAGACAAAGAUAAGGAUUGACACCUUCGCCCAUCUUGGGACCAAGGAUGGAAUGUAAACAAGAAGGCUGCUGGAUAAAAUUUAUGAAGGGCUAAUUGCGAUUAGGUGGGCGCCUAUCCCCUUGUCUGUCCCUCUUCCCUUUGUUUGUAUUUGCAUUAACGGAAGAAUGUAGGCUGACCUUCGAACACCUGACUAUCCCUUGAUCAAGAUUAGAGUUUCUGGAAUAUAGAGUUGUAAAUUCCUGUAGGUUUUGUCUAAGUAGUCUUUGCCUAUAAAAGUUCUGUGUGAAGCAAAUAAAAUUGGCACUAUUUCUCUCUUUUCAUAUAGUAUCCACCUCUUCUUUUGUUACUCUUCAUUUUUCGUUACCCCAAACAGGAUGUCACAGGACUGGCCGAUCCUGUGGAUGAGUCUUGUAAGCCAUAGAGUCUUACAAAUGGCUGCCCGGACAGGGACUUUCAUUCGUAACCCCGAUUCCUUUGCUGGUCAUAGGAUGACGAAGAGUUAACAGCUUUUGCCCCGAGACUGCAGCUCGGAUGGGCAGAAGAAUCGAACAGAGAGAGUGCAGUAUUUGUGGGCCUCCUCUGUUCCCCAACUUUUUCUCUCUUUCGCUUUUUAGUUUAAACUGUCCCCUAUUAGGGACCCCUUUCCCUCCAUUCUUUUCUUUUCUUGGAACCCUUCCUUCGGUUUUCUUUGGAGAACCCCCGACGCUGUGUGCUGGUCAUGCAGUUUCAAUGCUACGGAGAUCCCCUCGGUGGUGAGCAUAGGAGAUACUCUAAGGGUGAGAGGGAAAUUGUAUUUUUUCUUUAGAAUGGAUCCUAAAAGACUGAUUUUUUCCUUUCAAAGCAUGCUUGUCACAAUGUUGUGUGUUUCUGUUUUUUGUUGUCUUUGUCAAAGUCUCAUCUCUAUGUAUUCUUAAAUUGGACACACAAAAAGAAAGAAUGUAAAAUGGGAGAGUUGCAAGAUUGAACUUGUCUGUCAAAAAUCCUCAGCAGAGGACAAAAGCAAAUACCUGUUCAAUGAUUUUUUCCUCUUUCUUCCUUUGGAUGGGCCCCCAAAGGAGCGAAAAAGAGAAAAAUUCAGAGCAGAAAAAGGGAGAUUUUUACUCCACAAUUAGAGGCUAUUUUUCACUUAAGAUUAAUCCUAUGGUUUGAUGUAAGCAAUUUGGGAGUAUUGUUAAUGAUUUUGAUAUGAUCUAAAUUUAAUUUCGUGCAACUAUUUGUCAGCUAAAUGUGAAAUAUUAAUCAGAUUUUAUUGAGCACAACAAAACUCCUGGUUAGAAGUUUGUUUUAUUAAAUAUUGCUAUGCAUAAUGGUUUCAGUGAAUUUGAGAAUUGUCUAAAUGUGGCUGAUAGACAGACUGACACAGAGAGGGAAUAUUUUAUUCUAUAAGGACAAAAAAUUGCACUGGCUACUUUAUCUAUGUAAAAGUCAUCAUUUUGUUGAGAAGAACUUAUUCUAGAAAUUAAAUUUGGGAUUUUUUCAAAUCAGAUUUAUUUUAAUGCAUGUGCUGUCAGGAAUAGUAACAAGAAAUCAUAUGACACACAAGAAGUUUAAGUAAUUAAUCUGUUCAUGGAAUUUUAUAAUACUAGUAUUAAGAAUUUGGUAUUUUGCAAGAGAGAAUUUCUAAAUGAUGUUUUUGAUCAAGGUUAUAUGAAUUGUUUUUAAAUGUGAAAAAUGCAUAGGAAGGAAUUUGUAAUCUAGAGAUGAACAUGUAUGUAUUCAGAUACCAAAUGCUGGAAAUUAGUGAUGCUGAGUGAAUACAGAAUAUGUAUGCAUUUGUAUUAUGAAGAGAAUUAAAUUUUCCACCUAAAUAGGUUAAGGGCAUAUGAUAUAAAAACUGUAUGUCCUUAACAAGACAAAUUUAACCAGCCCUGAAAUCAAGAGGGCUUGUCAUGAAGAUUAAAUACAAUUCCAUAUAGUGCCUUUCCUCUACUUACAAUAAUGGUAAAGAGGGGAAGCCAGAAGAAAUAAUGAAGUAGUCCCAAUAAGAGAAAAUAAUUAAUGAAGUAGAUAAAGGAGAUUUAUCCCUUCCUAAGUUUUUUUUUUUUAGGAAACAGACCCAGCCCCCUCCCCCUCAGGAGGUCAAACAGUUUUUGCAGGCUGGAAAAAAAAAAGACUAAUUAGCUGAAGGAUAAGAAUUAGGAAGGUCGGGAAACAGAAGGAACUUCAGGAAUAUCAAAGAGGUCCGGCUGGAAUGCCAGGUAACAUAUAGCUAACUAGGGAUGUGAUUAAGUAACUGUGAAAGUAACCAGUCCCUCCCCCCCCCCCAGGACAAACUAAGGAUCUCUGACCUCACAUAACUAUGUUUGUGUUCAAACUAUGUUUGAUUGUCAAAUAAGAAUCUUUAUGUGAAGGGAAAUAACUUUAUAUCUUAUAACCUAUCUAUAUAAGUUUAUAAUUGAAUUUGGAGGUGUCUGGAUUCGUUUUAUGAAGUGUUCCACUGCAAUAAGAGUAAUGAAUAGAGAUACUAACUGAUAUUCUUAAAUUCUAGUAUGAAUUAGAUAUAAUUGUAAUAAUGUUGAUGGAAUUUAAUCAGGAAUAUAGCAAUAUUUUAGGCUAAACGAAAACUAAACUGUAGGUUUUAUUCUACUUUAGACAGGUUUUGAGGAGUGCAUGUAAAUGCUUUGUGCUUCAGUUUGGUUACACUGAAACAUUGCUAAAGGACUUAAUCAAAGUUAUUUGGGAGUUGUGGAGUUUAAACUAAAAUCCACUGAGAGUAAAUUAUUAUGAAAGAGGUUUGAUAAAUUCAAUAUUAUAGUAAGCUCACUUGUUAAAGAAGGAUGGGACAAGGCUGUUAAGUAAUAAAUCUAAAUUGAGCCAAGGAGCCUUAUGAUAAAUUGCUCAGAAGCUAUUAACCCCUUCCUUGCACACAGGAAGGAGAAAGAAGUUCCACACUAAUACUUAUGAACUGCAAUAGGGAUCUCAAAGAGUUAACAACCUCUGUGUGAUAGAACUUAAGAUAAGUGUAUUUUAAUUGUAGAUUCAGAGGUUCAAGAUGCUCAAACAAACAAACUUUGCCAGGUCUGGUCUGACCAAGUAGCUUGUUUGAAGCUGUGAAUUUUAGUGCAAACAUUCCAUGUCCAGAAUGAUAAGAUUAUUCAGCCAACAAGAUGUAGCUUCAGCCCUUCAUUCUGUAAGACUACACUUUCCUGCUCUGUAUAUCGUCCAUUAUAUGGAUGAUAUUCUUAUCGUGGCUGAAGAUGAAUCUCAAAUAAGCAAGUGCUAUAGUCAAUUGGAAAUUACCUUGCAAAAAUACCAUUUAGCUAUUAUUCUAGAAAAGAUUCACAAAACAAGUCCCGUCCUCUAUCUAGGGGCUCAGUUAUAGGCAACAUCCGUUAUGCCUCAAAAAUACAAUUAAGAAAGGACUGCUUUAAUGAUUAUCAGAAAUUGUUAGGUGAUAUCAAUUGUGUCAGGCAAUAUUCAUUUCUUACUACAACUGAAUUACAACCUUUAUUCAAAAUACUGGAAGGGAGCUCUGACUUGAAUUCCCCUGGAACUUUGACACCUGAGGCCUCUCUUGCUUUAGAGAUAGUAGAAGAUAACCAUUAUCAGCCUCAAUUAGCCGUGGAAGUGACUAUUUUUGCAACUUUAAUGUUACCAACAGGUGCCUUAACUGAGAAACAAAGAGUCAUUGAAUGGUUACAUCUAAAAAGCAAAAUGGGAAAGGCUUUACAGAGUUAUGACUGUCUUAUGGCUCAAUUAAUAUGGAAAGGCAUAAAACAUGUGGUCUCAGGUUUAGGAUAGUAUCCUCAUGAAGUCCAGGUACCCAUUGCUAAAGAUAUACUACAGAAAUAUUUAGUCUUUACUGUUAGCAUACCCCAUUGCUAUUACCACCUACACUCCACAAGGCUUAUUUUCUUUUUUGUCACAACAUCCUAUUGUUUUUCCUAAUGUUCUAAGAGAUCGUCCAGUAUCAGGACCUAAUAUUUGUGUUGAUGCAAAUGCUAAUUACAAGACAGGAGUAUACAAGGAAGGUAGUUCACCUGUCAUUUUUACCACUCCUUAUUCUUCUACCCAACAAAAUGAAUUAACAGCUAUUUUACUAGUUUUUUGGUUACUUCAGGAGCCUUUCAACCUUAUAAUGGACUCUAAAUAUGUUUUUCAGUUCUUGCAGGGUAUAGAAAAAGACUUUUGAAAUGACUGGUCCCCCCAGAACAUUUAAACAGAUAAUGGACCUGCUUAUACUUCCAAACAAUUUUUUCUUUUUUGCCACACUUGGGCUAUUCACCUCACAGGUAUCAGAUCUUAAAAAACAUUUCUUUUAAAACAAAAAGGGGGAGACAGCAUCCCACAUCGAUGAUUGGCAAUAGCUGUAUAUACUAUAAAUACUUUGAUCUUUACUUCCAAUAAUAUAUCCAGAGAUGAAAAAUUUGUCUCUUCAUUUUCUUAUAAAUGAAAUUCAGGUACCACUCCUGUGCUCCCUGCCCCAGAACAAAAACUUGGCAUGUGGAAAGAUGAUAAUCAAACUUGGCAAGAGGCAAGGACCACCCGGUGGUCCUGCAAGGCCGAGGUUCGGUUUGUGUCUCCACAGGUAAAGACAGAGUAUGGCUCCCUCCCUGCUGAGUUCAAGAAAUUGACCAUAAAGAGGACAAGGAGAGGAUGCAGGAAGCCUCACAAGGAGACUUGACAACAUCUCCAUAAGAUACUGACUGUUCUGCUUCUGCUUCUGCUUCUAUUCCAGACUUUAAGUGAAGCUACUGGAGUAAAGAGAUGGUCUUUGGGGAACAACCACCUUGGGUAGAGCAUGUCAGCAUGGGACACGCUUUACCAGAAGUCAUCUUAUAUACAAAAACUAACUGAUAUUCCUGGCAUUUACCAUUUUGAGAGACAAGCUAAGGACAACAAUCAGGCCAACAAUUUGUUUGUGCCUUUCAAUUGGACUGGACUAGUUGAGGCACCCCCAGUGUGCCUCACAAGAGACCAUCCUGCAUGCCUGCCCCUCAGAUCUCUGCAGGUGCAUUAUUAUGGUCAUCCUGACCUGUCAGACUCUUUCUGGAUAGGACCUUAUCGUGUAGAUAAAAGGGAAAAAUAUGAAGAUUAUGGCCAACUGCAAUAUCUAGGUUGGCUAGGGGAAUCUUGUGAUAGUAUUUGGGGACAAGAAAGACCUAUUUGUCCAUAUGUGAUGGGAUAUGAACAAAGAGACACUGUUAAUGUUUCUGCCCUUGCUGUCAUGUAGAUUUAAAAGGGCAUCAUGUAUUCAUUGGAAAAAUAUGAUUUGGAUGUAUUGGCAUAACAACACAAGGUGUACUGGAAAGAAAUUGGAUUCUUAUAAAUUUCAUGAUUGUUUUAUAGGAUACAGCUCACCUUUGUGGGUGAUGCCCCCAGAGCUAAUUGGUUACAUUUUGCUAAUUUCACACAGAUUUUGACUGAUUAUGGAAAGAUAGCCCCGGCAUUAGAUAAAGUAAAUAUGUCUCAUUAUGUUAAUGUUACUUAUAAUGGAAAAGUCCAAAAUCCAGUAACUAGAAGUGUUACAUUAGGCAUUCAAGGUAAACACUCAGGGGGUGGUAUCACUCACAGGCAGAUAGAGCAAUGGAAAAAUUGUCUCAAUUAAUUAGCCCUAGGAAGAGAAGAUGUAUUUCUUGUUUAGUUUUAGGAAUUGUAGCUCUUAUAGCCGCUAUAACAGCCACAACUGUCAAUAGUGUUUCACUAGCACAAAAUGUAGCUAAUGUAAGGACCCUGGAACAUGAUGCAGAAUAUUUACAUGGGCUAGCACGGAAUGUAACCCAGGUUUUACACUUGCAGCAGGAUAUUAAUACAAGGGUUUUUUAUGCUUUACAACAAAUAUCUAAAGAUGUAUUGUUAUUAACCAAUCAAGUAGAAAUUUUAGCUAUCAAGGGUAAAUUAAGGUGUGAUUAUCGCUAUUCAGCCUUUUGCCUUCUUCCUGUUAAAGCUAACAUGUCUGAUGCAUUCGAAAAAAUUAGAAGUGAUUUACAAGGUCUUUGGUUAAAGAGUAACAUCUCAGAGGACAUCCAACAAUUGAACCACAUCAUUGAUGAGAUGGAUAACUCUUUAGCUGAGGACCUUCGCCCCGAACAUAUCGCUGAUUCGUUAUACAAUUGGAUCAAGUCAGGCCAAAGUUGGCUGUCUCCUUUGGCUCAAAUGAGUAUAACCAUAUUAACCUUCAUAUUGUUCAUAGUUAUCUUAGCGGUCCUUCUUCCCUGUCUGUUCCAAAUCCUUUUGUCCAGCUUGGGAAAAAUUGGCCGAAUCUUGGCUCUCCACAGAAGUCUUUUGCAAAACAAAUAGGGGGAAUUGUAGUCGAGGAAUACCUCCUCUUUUCUUUAUUUGUAUUUGCCUAAGAUAAAGUUGUGGACUUACUUAUCUUUGCUUCAGACAAAGAUAAGGAUUGACACCUUCGCCCAUCUUGGGACCAAGGAUGGAAUGUAAACAAGAAAGCUGCGGGAUAAAAUUUAUGAAGGGCUAAUUGCGAUUAGGUGGGCGCCUAGGCUGCGGGAUAAAAUUUAUGAAGGGCUAAUUGCGAUUAGGUGGGCGCCUAUCCCCUUGUCUGUCCCUCUUCCCUUUGUUUGUAUUUGCAUUAACGGAAGAAUGUAGGCUGACCUUCGAACACCUGACUAUCCCUUGAUCAAGAUUAGAGUUUCUGGAAUAUAGAGUUGUAAAUUCCUGUAGGUUUUUUGUCUAAGUAGUCUUUACCUAUAAAAGUUCUGUGUGAAGCAAAUAAAAUUGGCACUAUUUCUCUCUUUUCA